CAGCAGCAGCAGCAACAAAUUUGGAACCCCGCCGGAGCGAACGAGCCAACCAAAAUUGAGUUAUAAAAUUAGCCCCGCUGCGAUUCGACACGCCCAUAUAGUAGCUAAAAGCUAAGCCGCCGUGAAGUAGGCAACAAAAUAUUUAUGCGCACAAACGAUAACAACAACAACAACAGUAGCAACAACAACAAGAACAACUAAAGUCAGUGAACAAAAACAAAAAAUCGCAUCAUGAAGGGCUUGACGGCGUUUAAGGAGAAGGCGACAGGCGUUUUCAGCGGCCUGAAGCCGAAUAUGGAGAAGUUCGAGAUAUCGCAGAGCUAUCACGGCGGUCACGGUGGCUACGAGGAGAUGGAGGGCGGCGAACGCGAGGGGCGUGGACCUGGCGGCGGCCAUGCCUACGACGACGACGACGAUCGACCCGACUCGCCCGCCUCCUUCGAGGAGAUCGAGCGCCCGCCUCUGCGCAAGAUCGACAAGUACUGCAAGGCGGAAUGCCCCUGCAUGCCGGCACGGUACACAAUCGCUACAAUGGCCUGCGUGGGCUUCAUGAUUGCCUUCGGCAUGCGCUGCAACAUGUCAGCGGCGAAGCUCAAAGGAGAGCAUAACGGGACCGUCUUUAUGAACUGGACGGUGGCAGUGGAAAGCCACGUGGACUCAUCCUUCUUCUGGGGCUAUCUAAUAACACAAAUACCCGGCGGCUUCAUUGCAUCCAAGUUUCCAGCGAACAAGAUUUUCGGUCUCUCGAUUGUCAGCUCCGCCUCGCUGCAUUUGAUUGUGCCGUUCGCCAUGACACUGAUGCACGGCCAUGUGGUGAUAGGCGUGCGUGUGCUGCAAGGACUCUUCGAGGGCGUAACAUAUCCGGCUUGUCAUGGCAUUUGGCGUUUCUGGGCGCCGCCCAUGGAGCGCUCUCGCCUAGCCACAUUGGCCUUCUCCGGCUCCUACGCGGGCGUCGUUGUGGGUCUGCCCCUGUCCGGGCUGCUGGCGGAUGCGGUGGGCUAUCAGGCGCCCUUCUAUGCGUACGGCACCUUCGGCAUCAUCUGGUAUCUGUUCUGGAUCUGGCUGUGCUUCGAGAAUCCGCGCAAACAUCCCGCCAUCAGCAUACCGGAGCUGAAGUACAUUGAGAAGUCGCUGGGCGAAUCGGCGCAUCCGACGAUGCCGUCCUUCAGGACGACUCCGUGGCGCGAGAUGAUGCGCUCGAUGCCCGUCUAUGCCAUUAUCGUGGCCAACUUCUGUCGCUCCUGGAACUUCUAUCUGCUGGUGCUCUUCCAGUCCUCCUUCCUCAAGCACAAGUUCGGCUUCAAGGUGGAGGAGGCGGGCUUUGUCGGCUCCCUGCCCCACUUGAUCAUGACCACGAUCGUGCCCUUCGGCGGCAUGCUGGCGGAUCAUCUGCGCAAGAACGGCAUCCUCUCCACAACGAACGUGCGCAAGCUCUUCAACUGCGGCGGCUUCGGCAUGGAGGGUCUCUUCUUCCUCUUCGUGGCGCACUCCCAGACGGCAACUGGCGCCAUGUUUGCUUUGACCUGUGGCGUGGCAGGUAUAUGGAAAACCCCUUACAUUUAA